AUGUCUUCUGCGGCCGCCGCUGCCGCCGAUGUCCAUCGCAUCUGUGGUGCGCAGUUAAGAACAACAACACGGCUUGAGCCGGAAUCGAACAUCUGCGUGAAGGCUCCAGGAGAUGGCGAACGAGGAGGAGGCACGGCUGAUGUGGGCGCUGACGCCGCUGACGACGGCGAGCCGACGGAACUUCGGUUACAUUGGAACGUGAUCCUAAUAGCUGUCCUCAUGGACUUUGGUCAGUCGGCGGCCUUCCGGUCAUCGGGAUUCAUCUACGUCGCGCUCCAAGACCACUUCCAAGUCGACCACGAGGCUGCAUCGUGGCCCGUCAGCGUUCUAGGCACAGUCGUCGAUGCUGGUGGUAUCCUAGCCGGACCACUGUGCCAGUGGUUCGGUGCGGCGGUUACACUGAGAGCCGGAGCCUUGGUGACUGCCCUGGGAGUCAUGGCUUCUGCCUUUGUGCCAGAUAUACCGUGGAUGACAGUUACACUUGGCGUCAUUCACGGAGCCGGGGCCGGAACCGUGAGCAUGAUGCUGCAAGUGUUCUUGAGCAUGACUUUCGUCAAGUACCGAGGCACGGCGCACGGGAUAAUGUUCAUGGGAUCAAUAUUAGCGUCCCUUACCAUCCCACAGGCCUUGUUCUUCCUCGAAAACACCUACGGAUUCAGUGGCUGUUUGCUGGUAUUCGGUGCCCUGUUGUUGCACCUGGUCCCCAUCAGCUUCCUCCUUCGGUCUAGCUCGUCUAGGAGCAGCUCACUUCAGCCCGACACAGGACCAACAGCACUCGUGGAGACGCGCGACGUUAACUUGAACAUCAAGGAGGAUCUGGAAUCGGAGAGCAAGUCCUGCUCAAGUUCGUCGAGUGCUAAAGGCAAACCGGGCGUUCUCCAGAGCGCGGCUGAAGUGCUACGACUCCCGAUGUUCUACGUCAUCCUCGUGACGUGGACAGUGAUGUGUUACAACGAGGACAUUUUCUUGACGACAAUAGUCGACUUCGCCGUCGACAAAGGCAUCGCGAAGAACAUGGCUGUGCCGCUGCUUUCGUAUCUCUCUUUCACCGACGCCAUAGGACGCAUAGGGCUUCCACUGCUCGCCGAUCGAAACAUCAUUCGGCGAAGUACGUUGGUUUGCUGCAACGCGGCUCUCACAGCGGCAUCCGUCGCCAUCCUACCAGAGGCCAACGCAUACGCUUUCCUCGUGGUGGCUACGCUUUUUGCGGCCUGUUUUAACGGAUGCGGCAUGACAAUGCAUGGUGUUCUUAUGGCCGAUUACAUUGGUAUGGACAACCUUCCCGUUGGAUACGGCGUAGCUGGAAUUCUCGUCGUACCACUGCUGCUGGUAAAGCCAGUGCUAAUAGGUCAUUUCCGGGACACACUCGGCUCUUACGACGACCUCUACAGAAUGCUGGGAGGAAUGCAGCUCGUCCUUUUCAUUCUAUGGCUCUUCAUAUCAUACCACGAGCGCCGCCGGGGGUCUCCUAAACGCAAGCCAUCCGAUGAGAAAACUGAUGCAUCAAAAUCUGAAGAAAUGCGUCGCGUGUCGUGCAUCAGAGAUCGCAACCACCAAUACACAAACCCAUGCUUCUGCACCGGGGCGGAAAAGUGCCACGCCUCAGGGGCUUUUCGAGACUGCGUGAUGUAUGAUGGUCGGUGGAUCACGAAUUCGUGUCAGAAACGCUCGUCUUAUCCAGGAGCCACAAAAGUAGGCCUCCGGCGGACAGCAGAGAACUGUUGUAAUCCUGCAAGUCGGAGUGUUGUGAACAAGGAACUAUCUGUGAGUGCACUGCGCAUUUUGAACUAUGGCAGUGUAACCGAUCAUAAGAAUAAACGUAAUAGUGUCUCUCAUUGAAAUCACAACCCAUGAAAGCUUAUAUUCAGUAAC